CAAGCACUUCUCGGGGGUUCCAGUGACCUACAGGUACAAAAACAGAACUCCUUCCAUGGAGUUGAACCAACCAGCCAUUGACUGGUUCAAGCACCAAGUGAGCUUGCUUGGCGAAUUGAGGUUCACCGACGAAGAAAUCGAGUACUUGAGGGUGACAUUGCCGCAAUUGCCCUCGGAGUACUUGCAAUACUUGAAGGGAUUCAGGCUCGAGCCUGCUACCCAGAUCAGGUACCAUGAAGGAGAACCAAAAGACUUUGGGGUCGAGGUGGUGGGUGACUGGGAAAAGACCAUCUUGUACGAAAUACCUUUGUUGGCAUUGGUGUCAGAGGCCUACUUCAAAUUCGUUGACACUGACUGGAACUAUGACGGUCAGCACGAGUUGGCCCAGCACAAAUGUGGCCUUCUUUUGGAUAACCACUGCACGUUCAGUGAGUUUGGAACCAGGAGAAGAAGGUCCUUUGAGACCCAGAACAUCGUGGUCAAGGCAUUGAAGGAGUUCACCACUGGGCACCCCAAUGCGUCCACAUUAAUGGGUACUUCGAACGUGUUGCUUGCCAAAACCUACGGACUCAAGCCAAUUGGAACAGUUGCUCACGAAUGGUACAUGGGCAUUGCUUCGAUCACCCAGGACUACAAAAAUGCCAAUCGUAAAGCAAUGGACUACUGGUUCGAUACCUUCGACCCCAAGUACGCUGGAUUGGCCUUGACUGACACGUUCGGUACCGACUCGUACUUGAAAGUGUUUGAAAAGCCGUACACGGACCACUACGCAGGGGUCAGACAAGACUCUGGCGAUCCAGAGGUGUACGCAGAGAAAAUUGCUGAGCACUACAAGAAGCUCGGAUAUGCCCCACAUUCCAAGGUGAUUUGUUUCAGCGACUCAUUGAAUAUCGAGAAGUGCUUGAAAUUGAAGCAGAAGGCUGAUUCCCUAGGAUUAAUUACCACGUUCGGGAUCGGAACUUUUUUUACCAACGAUUUCACCACUGUGAAGGAGCCACACCAGAAGUCAGCACCACUAAACAUCGUGAUCAAAUUGAAGGAAGUCAACGGCAACUUCGCCAUCAAAAUUAGUGACAAUAUAGGAAAGAACAUGGGAGAUAAGGCGACGGUGGCUCAGGUGAAGAAGGAGCUUGGGUACCAGGAGAGGGAAUGGGUGGAGGGGGACGAGAGUAGGAGGUGGUAGUACGAAACAGCCAGAAUUGGAAUAUGACAGUACAGUAGGAUAAGUCAUGAACAUUCCGAUUAAUUCGAUAAUUAAUAAUGGUUUACGGGCAGUUCAGAUUGAUAGUACUGACGAUAAGUCGAGAAUAUGGAAGGGUGAAGCAUGAUAUGGUCACGGGUAGGAAGGGACG